AUGUUGACUCGUGUUUAUCUGUGGGCAUUCGGCGCAUAGCCCUUGUAUAGGCAGCUACAGCCCACGCCAUAGAGCAGAGUGAUGUGGUAGCUGAGACACCUAAAAAUAUUUUUAAAUUCUUCAAUCGUCUAAGAGAUUAGAUUCUCUUAUAGCUCAAAACUCAUUUGACAUUUUGAAGUUUGUUUUAAAAAUAUAUACUGACAGUAGUGUACAAUGGAAUUGCCUAGCAAGAAUCUAUUCAGUGUAUCUAUGUGAUGAACAAGAUGAAAGUGGUUGAUGAAAAAAAAUUAAUAUAUAGAUCAGUGUGAUAUAAUAGAUGCUGGUUGUGUGCACAGAAUUGUCGAGGAUGAAUCAUGACGAAAAAGUUAAUAUUAAUACAGAAGUGUUCAAGACUUUGGCGACUCGUUUUAAUUUUCACGCUUCUUUUCCUCUUGGCGAUUUUACAAAGACCACGGUACACGGGGAAUAGAUCGCAGAACUUGCAGCAAUCGAACAAUUUUGUAACUACUACGAGCCUGUUAAAUUAUACAGACAUGAAAACUAAUCGGAAAACAUUGUCCAGUGCAUAUUCCACAUCAGCGGAAGAGCUGAUAAAUGUCAGAGUUGAACUUGAAAGCAGGAAGAAGCUGUUGGAGAAUGUCUGUGCAAAUAUUCAGGAUGAUACAGGGUCUAUAGAAAAGGCAAUUUCAAAGAUGAUUAUUAAUGAGAAUCAUGGAAUAUCCUGGUGUCCAAUAUACAAAGCAGCCAGUUCAACGUGGAUGAAGCAUUUUGUUACUCUCGCAGGAUUACUAUCAGGCACAAUUAUGGACUUAAUAAGGGAAAAUUCAAUGCAAAUGAAUUCAAUAGUGCGGCAGGCAUAUAUUACAAACACAAAUUCAAAAACAAUUCUUAAGAAAAUGAAUAAAACAAAAAAAUUUCUAAUUGUGCGACAUCCAUUCGAACGUCUCUUGUCCGCUUAUAGAGAUAAAUUGGAGUACAUGGAAGGUCGUGAAUAUUAUUAUGAGCGUUUUGGGUACCAUAUCAGACAAAGCUAUCGUAAAGACAAGAGGGAUGACUCUUGGGGAAAGCAGGAACCAACUUUUGAGGAAUUCCUUCAAUUCGUUGCAGAAGAGAGACAGUUUGAUGAACAUUGGAUGCCUUACUACAAUGCUUGUAGACCCUGUGGUAUUAAUUAUGAAUACAUUUUAAAAUUCGAAACGCUACAGAGAGAUCAGAAUUUCUUUAUCCAGGAAAAUGGCCUUGCAAAUUGGCUGAGUACUGUAGAAAACGUGGAAAAUACAAACCCAAGAGGACCCACAACAAGUGUUAUUGUAAAGAAAUAUUUUAAAAAUAUUCAUAAGUCUGUGCUAGAAAAUAUUUAUAAGAUUUAUGAAAUGGAUUUUAAGUUGUUUUCCUACUCUCCGGAGAAAUAUUAUAUGAUAUCUAUAGGUGAUAUACACAAAAACGAAAGUAUAUCGUAAAUAAAUUAUAAGCUGCUUUUACUUGAUUCAGUACAAACACUAUUAUAAUCGUGUAUUUUAUUAUAGCUAUUUCAAAAGUAAGAUUUUACAACGUUAUUGACAUGCAUUUGUAGUGGAAAUGUGUAAAACUAUGCUCAUUUCAGCCCUAUAAGAGGAAUCCUAUAUUUUUAAGAUACAUUAAUUUUAAUGAAUGGCAAAUAGCUUACUUGUCCAAAAUGGUAUGUCUUGUAAUACAGCCAUGAUAUAAAGUUGUAAUAAGAGCUGUGGUGCAGCUUCCAUAAAUGAUUCAAAGAGAUGUAACAUACAAAUAUCACUUUGUUGCCUGCGUACCCAAUCUUUUGGUUUUGUCGACUGUCCACACCUUAAAGA